UAACAACUACAUCAUGUACUUGUAUAGAUAUAUGAGUCACAGAUAACCUGAAUACAGCCCUAAAUAUAAACUAUCUAUCUAGGCUAUAACUUCAUUCUUCCUUACUUGUCCUACAAAGCAUAACAUAAAUUACAAAAGUCAAAACACAGACCAUGCGGGAGAUAGUACACUUACAAGCAGGCCAGUGUGGAAACCAAAUUGGUGCCAAAUUUUGGGAGGUAAUUUCUGGUGAACAUGGAAUUGACCCAACUGGAUCCUAUCAUGGAGACAAUCCUAACCAGUUAGAAAGAAUAGAGGUGUACUACAAUGAAGCCAUGGGUGGCAAGUAUGUACCAAGAGCCUGUAUGGUGGACCUGGAGCCAGGAACUAUGGAUGCUGUCAGAAGUGGUCCAUUUGGACAAAUUUUUCGUCCUGAUAACUUUGUGUUUGGCCAGAGUGGUGCAGGAAACAAUUGGGCCAAAGGACAUUAUACAGAGGGAGCAGAGUUAGUGGAAUCGGUUAUCGAUGUUGUCAGGAAGGAGGCAGAAGGCUGUGAUUGUCUUCAAGGAUUCCAAUUAACACAUUCCAUUGGUGGUGGAACAGGAUCUGGUAUGGGGACGUUGAUUGUAGGAAAGAUUAGAGAGGAGUACCCGGACAGAAUCAUGAAAACAUACACUGUUGUUCCUUCACCUAAGGUAUCAGAAGUUGUUCUUGAACCAUACAAUGCCACACUGUCUGUUCAUCAACUAGUUGAGAAUACAGAUGAAACCUUUUGUAUUGACAAUGAAGCUUUAUAUGACAUUUGUCUCAGAACACUGAAAUUGAAAACUCCAUCAUAUGGCGAUCUUAAUCAUCUUGUAUCUCAUACUAUGUCUGGUGUCACAACUUGCUUAAGGUUUCCAGGGCAGCUCAACGCAGACCUUAGAAAAUUAGCUGUUAAUAUGGUUCCCUUCCCUAGAUUACAUUUCUUCAUGCCUGGUUUUGCACCACUAACUGCUCGUGGAUCUCAGUCAUAUCGUGCUUUAUCAGUUGCAGAACUUACACAGCAAGUUUUUGAUGCGAAAAACAUGAUGGCAGCUUGCGAUCCAAGACAUGGUCGAUAUCUGACAGUUGCAACCAUAUUCAGAGGUAAUCUAUCCAUGAAAGAUGUUGAAGAACAAAUGUUAAACAUUCAAAAUAAGAAUAGUCAAUACUUUGUUGAAUGGAUUCCGUGCAAUGUGAAAACAGCGGUGUGUGACAUCCCUCCAACAGAUAUGAAAAUGUCUGCUACAUUCAUAGGAAAUAGCACAGCUAUUCAGGAGCUGUUUAAAAGAGUUUCUGACCAAUUCACAGUUAUGUUCCGUAGAAAAGCGUUCCUGUUUUGGUAUACUGGAGAAGGCAUGGAUGAACUUGAAUUUACCGAAGCUGAGUCUAAUAUGAAUGACUUAAUUUCAGAGUAUCAGCAAUACCAGGAUGCUACCAUAGAUGAUAAUCUGGGUGAUGAGGAGUAUGAGGAGGAGGAAGAACAAGAGGCUGAGGGAAAUCAAUAGACUCAAACCAAACAUUUUUGUUGCAUCUAACAAUCAUGUGUCAAUUCUCAACUUUUAUUAAAAAAAUGUUCAUUUGAUCA